AAAUUACUGGAACUUUCAACCAUUUGCAAAUAGUACCUCUCCGAGUCGAUUUGAAUUAAAACUAGACCCAAUUAUAGUUUAAUUAAUUUUAACGUUUUUAUAUAAUUAACGUAUAUAAGCAAGUGUUUUUUCGGAUUUAUUGUCUACUGCCCGGUGUUUUAUAUCCGUUACUGACUUUUUGCUAUUUACUAAUUACUAAUUACCGGUGUUAAAGAGAGGUUAAUAAUUGUUCUUUCAUUUACGCGGAGAUGUAUUAUUUAAAUGUUAACUCUUCUUAUCGAAUUUUUCCUUCGCUUUUUAACAAUAGAACUUUUAUUUUUAAUUUUUUUAAGAAAUUGACCAAUUCAUUUCAAUCUGCAAGGAGAAUGUCGUUUGCAGAAGAGAAAAAAAAAUUUCUAACAAUGUCAACUGAAGAGAAACGACAACAUUUCAACGGACAAAUCGUGACAUUGAAUGAAGUUGAGACAUGGCGUAAGUUUUGGGAAAAUAACAAAUCUAAUAUUGCGAAAACAAAGGAAGAAAUUGAGCUGGUCGACGCUACAUUGGCUGAGAAAAUUUCUCUAUGGCAAGGAGAUAUUACGUCAUUAGAAAUUGAUGCUAUUGUAAAUGCAGCAAACUCGACACUUUUGGGUGGUGGAGGAGUUGAUGGAGCAAUCCACAAAGCAGCAGGUCCAACUCUGAAAAAAGAAUGUGCAACUUUGGGUGGAUGUCGUGUUGGUGAAGCAAAAAUCACCGGUGGUUAUAAAUUACCUGCUAAGCAUGUUAUACACACAGUUGGGCCUCAGGGAGAAAAACCAGAUAAAUUGAAAGACUGUUACAAACACUCCUUGAAACUUAUGAAAGAAAAUGACUUACGUACCAUUGCUUUUCCUUGCAUUUCGACUGGAAUUUACGGAUAUCCUCAAAGACCAGCUGCUAAAGUUGCUCUGGCUGCUGUUAAAAAAUUCCUCAUUGAACAUAAUGAGCAUAUUGACAGAAUUAUUUUUUGCGUUUUUCUUCCUGAUGAUAAGGAAUACUACAUGGAUUUGUUGCAGAAAUAUUUUGGACUCGAAUAAGAAAUAUAAAAAUUAAAUAAAAAACAGUUUCGUAAGUUUUGUUGGUUGCAGCAUUAAUUUUUAAGACUAUCAUGUGUCAUAUUUAUUCCAGAGAAACAAAAAGAAAAUAAUAACUAAAUUUUUCUAAAUAA